CGCUAUAGGGCGCGCACGGCCGCCAGCCCGCCCCCCACUGGCCGCUGGCUGCUCCCCAAAGGGCCGGAGAUAGAGAAGUUCAAAGAGCAGAGGAUCCGGCGCGUCGCAAUUCUCUGGGAGAUUUCUGCUAGAUAUUUCGAAAGGAGAGCUUAAAAGGCUGCCUCGAAGCUACUCCUUCGGUGGUGUCCUCGCUGGAAGAAGAAGGACUUUGUGAAAUUGAAAGUUUAGUAAUUUGCAGCCCAGUCUUGUGUUCAUGUAAUUGGAAGUAAGUCCAAUUAAUUCAGUGACAUUUAUUCCCAGCUCAUGAGACUGAAUUUAUGUUGUAAAUCAUGGAUGAUACUGCUUUGUCACUUGGAACAAUAGAUGUUUCCUAUUUGUCAUCUUCAGCAGAAUGCACUGUCACAAGAUGUAAACAUUCCAGUGAAGAAUGGGGAGAAUGCAAUUCUAGGCCUACUGUCUUCCGAUCAGCCACUUUAAAAUGGAAAGAGACCCUUCUGGGCAGGAAUAGGCCGUUUGUGGGACGGUGUUGUUACGUAUGCACUCCCCAAAGCUGGGACAAGCUUUUUAAUACUAGUAUCCCUUCCUUGGGUCUUCGUAAUGUCAUCUAUAUUAAUGAAACACAUACAAGGUACAGAGGUUGGCUUGCCCGGCGGCUCUGUUACAUUCUUUUUGUGCAAGAGCGAGAUGUUCGUAAGGGCAUGUUUGCAAAUAAUGUGAUGGAAAAUGUGCUGAAUAAUAGCCGAGUGCAGAAUGCUUUUAUACAGGAGGCUUCAGAAUCAUCAGCUGUAAAUGGUCCUGAUCAGCUGGACUCUAGAAACAUUAACAGAAUCAAAAAGAAAGCUAGAAGGAUCCUUCAAGAAAUGGUAGCAAAUGUCUCUCCUUCUCUGAUUAGGUUAACAGGUUGGAUUUUAUUGAAAUUAUUUAACAGCUUUUUUUGGAAUAUCCAGAUUCAUAAAGGCCAACUAGAGAUGGUGAAAGCAGCAACUGAGCUAAAUUUGCCUCUUGUAUUCUUACCGGUUCACAAAUCUCAUAUUGACUACCUACUUCUCACAUUCAUUCUUUUCUGCCAUAAUAUCAAAGCACCCUACAUUGCAGCAGGAAAUAAUCUGAAUAUCCCUAUUUUCAGAACCCUAAUCCACAAACUUGGAGGGUUUUUUAUUCGGAGAAAAUUAGAUGAGAGACCUGAUGGCCAAAAAGAUAUUUUGUACAGAACCUUACUGCAUGUGCAUGUUGAAGAGUUGCUUCGACAGCAGCAAUUCUUAGAGAUAUUUCUGGAGGGGACACGGUCCAGGAGUGGGAAAGUAUCCUGUGCAAGGGCAGGCCUCUUAUCAGUAGUGGUGGAUGCUCUAUACUCAAAUGCUGCUCCUGACAUACUAAUUAUACCUGUGGGAAUCUCCUAUGACAGAAUAAUUGAAGGUCACUAUACUAGUGAACAGCUGGGAAAGCCCAAGAAGAAUGAAAGCCUUUGGAGUGUAGCCCGAGGAGUUUUUCGAAUGCUACGAAAGAAUUAUGGAUGCGUUAGAGUAGAUUUUGCACAACCAUUUUCUUUAAGUGAAUAUUUAGAUUGCCAAAGCCAGAAACCUAUGCCUAUUCCUCUUUCUUUGGAGCAUACUCUCUUACCAGCUAUACUGCCUUCAAGGCCAAAUUACAUAGUAGGAGAAAGUACAGAAGCUGGCAUUCCUGAUUCCAGGGAUUUAUCUUGUGAGCCACUGAGAAGACAGUUAAUAGCUAACUUGGCAGAACAUGUAAUGUUCACUGCUAACAAAUCAUGUGCUGUGAUGUCAACGUACAUUGUUGCCUGUUUGCUGCUCUACCGACACAGACAGGGAAUUGAUCUUUCCAAGCUGGUGGAAGAUUUCUUCUCCAUGAAGGAGGAGGUCCUGGCUCGGGACUAUGACUUGGGAUUUUCAGGGAAUUCUGAAGACGUUGUCAUGCAUGCUAUCCAUUUGUUAGGGAACUGUAUAACUAUCACAAACACCAGUCGGAAUAAUGAGUUCUUCAUCACUCCCAGCACAACUGUUCCUGCUGUCUUUGAACUCAGCUUUUAUAGCAAUGGGAUACUGCAUGUCUUCUUCAAAGAGGCUGUCAUCGCAUGUAGUCUUCAUGCUUUACUGAAUAAAAGGCAUAGAAGUGGUAUCAGUGGAAUUCUGCCCAACGUGGUUAGUCAAGAACAACUAGUCCGAAAAGCUGCCAGCCUCUGUUAUUUGCUGUCCAAUGAAGGAACUAUUUCAUUGCCCUGUCAGCUGUUAUGUCAAGUGUGCCAUGAAGCAAUUGAACAGUUGAUACAAUAUGGAAUUCUUUUGGUAGCAGAGCAGGAUGAACAGGAGGAUAUUAGUUCUAGUCUUACAGAGCAGCACUGGGAAAAGAAUAUCCCAGAGCCAUUGUCUUGGAGGAGUGAUGAGGAGGACGAAGAUAGUGACUUUGGUGAAGAACAACGGGAUUGCUACUUGAAGGUGAGCCAGUCACAGGAACACCAGCAGUACCUCACCUUCCUUCAGAAACUGCUCGGGCCAUUGCUGGAGGCAUAUAGUUCAGCUGCCAUCUUCAUCCAUAAUUUCAGUGGACCUGUCAGGGAAACAGAAUACCUUCAAAAAUUACACAAAUACUUAAUAACAAGAACAGAAAAGAAUGUUGCAGUCUAUGCUGAGAGUGCCACCUAUUGCCUUGCAAAAAAUGCAGUUAAAGUCUUUAAAGAUAUGGGGGUAUUUAAGGAGACAAAACAGAAGAGAGAGAGCAUUUUGGAAUUAAGCAGUACUUUUCUACCUCAUUGUAAUCGGCAAAAACUAUUGGAGUUUAUUCUGAGUUUUAUUGUCCUGUAGAAUAUCUCUCAACGUCCCCUAGUAGACUUGGAGAUGUGAUGCAAAGCUUCAGGGUUUGGUUCUGCUUCUAUAGCAUGACUAGUGCCAUUUUUGGCAAGGCCUUAUCUGACCCAAGCCAUAAGAAGACAAGUGCCUUCUUACAGAUGCAUAUAUGGGACUACUAGAUGUAGAAUUCAAACACAUUGCUAUAUCCAGCACGUUCAGCCAUGUUUGCACAACCCCCUGAUUUUUCCAUGAAUCUGUAUCAAGUGUUAUGGUUUUUACAUAGCUUAGUACUAAUGACUGACAAAUGCACACAUGCAUUUUUCAACGAUCGAACAGAUUUGAACUGCAUAAAAUAAUUUGGAUUAAUAUGUGAACUUUGCAAAAACAUUGUCAGCAUAACUACUUCAUUGUAUUCAGUACUGCAAAGGAAUGGUUUUUAGAAAAAUUGAGUAAGGGGGGGUGCAGAAAAGGCAUAUAAUGUUUUAUUCUACUGACUAGUAUGGUAAUGUAAACAAAAGUAGUAAAAUACUACUUACUAAUACUACUUUAAAGUAGUCACCAGGAUCUCAUUAAAAUCAGUUGAACAGCAAACAACCUGCACAGAAUGUUUUCCAAGUAGCAAAAUCUGAGUAUAAAUCAGAGAGAAUUGAUCUUUCUCUAUAUAAGAAUUCAGCACUCAUAUAUUGGUACAUUAAAGGAAUAGAUUAUAUGUAUUUGUCCCCAAAAGUACUAAAAGCUUUUCGUGAUAGCUUAAACCAAAAGUUUAACACUCAUGUUCUCCUUGCAAGCAUUUGGAACUCAGAAGUAACUGUGGCUUAAGCUCUUAAAUUCAAGAAAUAACCUAAGUAUUUCACAAAUACAUUAGUUCAUUCUAAUCUUGAUUAAUUUUGGAGUGUGGUUUGCUGUCAUAAAGCUCUUACAAGCCAUACUGCUGAAACCCAUGAGUGAUUUGAACUUUGAGGUGUAUAAUAUGAUGAUAAAAUAAAUUACAAGCAACUUACUCUUGGAUAAUCUUACAGAAGGCAGUAACUUCCAAAUUGGAUUACAAAAUGAGAUCUGCAAACUCAUACACAUUAUAUCUGCUGAAGCAAUAAGCAAGGCAUAUAUUUUUAAGAGAGAGAACUUGUUGCCUUAUUCCUUGAAGAAUUUUUUUCCACUGCGCUGUUAACAGUGUUUUUCAACUUCAUUCUUUUCGUUUUCUUGUCUGGAGUUGAGAAACAGUUUGAUUAUGAAAAUCCAUUUUAGCUUUUUUUUUUUUCUCAAACAUGCCUGAGUACUAAUAGCAUACUGCUUUCACUCUGAUACAGAGCUUCUGGGCAGUGUUUAUUUGGAUCUACUCCACAAUUCUGGGUUUACUCCACAUUUGUGAAGCCUGUGUUUUCUGUGAAUGUAUCUAUGAAUUAAAACAUUGCAAUGGUGUUUUUUUUUCCCCAGUAUUAUCUUGCAGUUCUGAAUGACAGGAACAACUAUGCACAUUUGCCAUCAUAAAACAGGUGCUUUAAAACAUGUUAAGAUAAAUAUUUGAACCAAAGUUGCAUCUCAUCAAUGACAGCAAUAGUCAGAAAACCUGAUUUAAUUUGUUUGUUGUUUUACAGCAGGAUAGCAGCUGAAAUGAAGUUCACUUGUUCUAUUAAACAUAGCUACAUAGGGCAAUUAUUUUCCAUUGUUGCUCAUGUGAACUGUUCAUUAAAACAGAAUGUAUUUUGAAUAGCAGUUUUAAAGACUGAUGAUGGCUUCCAGUUAAGGUCAGAUAGUAGGUGCUUGUAAAUAAAUAAUUUCCUGUAGUUUUAUUAUAGUUCAGUAAACAUUCAUUGUAUUAAUAGAAUUAAGAUUGUGUAUUAAUAAAAUAGAGUCAAGCAAUAUGUUGUAAAUGACAUUUGGCUCAUUUUAAUGAAAAUGUUCUGUCUAAUUUAAAGAAAUAAGGGGCUUGGAAUUAGUUUGGACACUAGAAAAUAAUUGCUAGUUGUUAUUUCAUGAGGAUAACUUAUUACAUUAUUAAAAUAUUCUUUAGCUGGGGGCCGUGUUCAUUUGAAUUAAAGAGAUAUGCAGUGUAUUGUAACUACUGAAUGUGAAAAUAAGUUUUUAAGUGUCAUAAGCAGAGAGAUUUUGCAUGUGCAGAAAUGUCAAUCUGGAAUGUUGUUCAGGGGCAGAGGUCUGUGGCAUGGAUGUGAAUGUGCACCUAGUUUGGCUUUUCCAUGAAAGUAAAGCACUGAGCUCGUUAACUACAAAGCUGCUAAACAGAAUGCUGCUUUUGUGGGGUGUUAUAUUUCAAACUAUAGAACGUUGCUAUUCUAAGGCAAAGUCUUCAUGUUUAGUUAUAACAAAACUUAUGGCUCCUAAUUCUGGUUCUAGACAGCAAAAAUAGAUACUAAAAUGCAUUAUGUUGACAACUUACUGAAAAAUAACAUGGAAAUCUAAAGGACAACAUUCUAUGUACAUUUGUUUGUUGUCUACUGUAUAGAAUGGAUAAGGUUACCUUUCAGGUCUCCAGUAAAUGAUUUUCUAAGAUUACACUAUUGAACAACUCUAAUACUUUAUAUUCUUAAGCAUACAUGAUCUACACAAUUGCCUUGCCUGCAUAAUUUUUUUAAAAAAAUAAUAUUAGCAUGAUAUUUUCAUAAAUGAAGGGAUGGGGUACAAUUGCAAAACAAAAACAAAAACAAAAACUGUAGCUGGUCUCUAUUUCUACUUGUGAAACCAGAUGAAGUCUUGAAAAUUACUAACACUACUUUUUCCCUUUAACAUCUCCUUUGUCUCUUGUGUAAGAAGCACAGCUGCACAGUCAUUGUAUUUUAAUAAAUAAUUGAAACUGU